AUGUUGAAAGCUGUGAUAUUAAUUGGAGGGCCGCAAAAAGGCACUCGCUUUCGACCGUUGUCAUUAGACACCCCUAAGCCUCUUUUUCCUAUAGCCGGGCUACCAUUAAUCCAACAUCAUAUAGCAGCUUGUGCUAAGUUAAUAGAAUGCAAGGAGAUUUUAAUUAUUGGUUCUUAUACCACUACACAUAUGGCACAGUUUGUGAGUGACAUGCAGAAAGAAUAUCAUGUAAUUAUUAGGUAUUUACAAGAAUUUACACCACUGGGUACAGGCGGAGGACUCUAUCACUUUAGAGAUCAAGUGAGGGCAGGCAGCCCAACAGCCUUCUUUUUGCUGAAUGGUGAUGUGUGUGCAGAUUUUCCCUUAAAGGAGUUAUGGGGUUUUCAUGAAGAAAGGCCUAGUGCACUGGUGACUAUCAUGGGCACAGAGGCGACUCGACAGCAGUCAGUUUAUUAUGGCUGCAUGGUACGUGAGGCAACUACCAAAGCAGUGACACAUUAUGUAGAGAAACCUAACACAUAUGUAUCAACAUUGAUCAACUGCGGUGUGUAUGUGUGUUCACUUCAAGUUUUCCACACAAUGGCUGAAGCAUUCCAAAGAAAGCAAGAUGGUUUCUACAGUGCUAAUGGACAAAAUGGUGCACAUCCGGGAUAUAUGUCAUGGGAACAGGAUGUUUUGUCACCACUUGCCGGGACGAACAAGCUUUAUGCAAUGCAGGUUUCCAAUUGGUGGUCACAAGUAAAGACAGCCGGCUCAGCUAUAUACGCGAACCGGCAUUACCUCGAGCUGAACAAAACCAAGCUGGAAGCGCCCUGUCAGAUUUAUCCAGAUGUAUAUCUCCAUCCGUCUGCUGUGGUAGACAGCACAGCCGUGAUCGGGCCGAAUGUCUCUAUCGGUGCGGGCGUCACAGUGAAAGCGGGCGUCAGAAUCAAAGAGUCCAUCAUAUUGAAUAAUGCUACUAUUAAUGAGCAUGCUUUAGUCAUGUACUCAGUUGUUGGCCAGGAGGCGUGUGUUGGUGAAUGGUCCAGGGUGGAAGGCACUCCAUCUGACCCUGAUCCAAACAAGCCGUUCGCCAAAAUGGAUAACCAGCCACUUUUCAACACUGACGGAAGGUUAAAUCCGUCUAUCACCAUAUUGGGUGCUGGUGUUAUUGUCCCAGCGGAGACAAUAUUACUGAAUUCCAUAGUUCUUCCCCACAAGCAUCUUACCAGAAGUUUCAAGCACGAAAUAAUCUUA